AUGGAGCGGGUAUUUCCUAUCCGGUGUACCAUCAUCGAUGACAGUCCUCAUCUCUUGGGUGAUCAUCAACAACAAGGUGCGUACCUUUGCGAGCCUCCGCCCGCCCUGCACACCUUUUGGUGCCGAGAUUCUCUCGCUUAUAUCAUGUCUCGCAUCAUCGAGAGUGAAGAGAUUCUCCAGAAUCCGCCGCAAGAAAGCUCACAGCUUGUGCAUACAGAGCAUUGCGAGCAUGCCUUCAUCAAUGAGGACGGCUAUGGUUUUAUUACCGGGAAGCGUGACACGUUUACGCGCUGCGAAGAUGAGCGUAUCCGCACUCCGGGAGCCGUUCAGUCCCACGGAAUGCUCAUCGGCCUCGAAGUCUUCGAAGGAGCCGCUAUUACCCGAUGCCUUUGUCGCGUGGUGAGCGAGAACUCGGAGGCUAUUUGCAAGUACACCCCUGGUGAAAUAUUUGGCUUGGACAAUUUCCUCUUCGUUUUUCCGGCCCACCAGCGUUUGAUCUUCCAAAGCUAUGCACGGUCUGUCAUUAAUUCAUUCAAGAAUACGUCUCAGUCUGCCGAACCUAAGGUCUUCUCCAUUAGCUUCAUGGAUCCUGGUGGAUACAUUGUCCCCGCCUGGUGUGCAAUGCACUUUGUUGGAGGGCAACACAACCUUCUGAUCUGCGAAUUCGAGCUGGAGGAGAGCUGUUGUAUUAACCAGACCUUGGAGGACGAUCUCCCUUCGACACCGUAUAACACUCUCGGUUCUGAUCCAGGGGAAGCCACCUCAAGCUUCCUGAAGAAAAGUGAGCCCCUGAAUAUCACUGUCCAUACAAUCGACAUGUUUCAAGGAGAGGGAAGGACUAUGGAGGUUGUCAGCGUCAUGUCCCAUAUCCAGCAACAAUUGUCUUCCAAGAAUGACAUUCAAGACCUACUAGACACUAUUGUCGGCCUGAUCCAGGAACUGACAGGCUAUCACCGAUGUAUGGUAUAUCGCUUUGACGAGAAUUACAACGGCAGAGUGGUCUCAGAGCUUCUCAACCCCCAAGCUAGCUUAGACAUCUACAAAGGUCUCCACUUCCCUGCAAGUGACAUCCCAAAGCAAGCCCGGGAUCUGUACAAGAUCAACAAAGUGCGAGUUCUCUUCAACAGGGAUACCUUCCCGAGCAGAUUAGUAUACAGAAACCUUGAAGAUCUUGACUCCCCAUUGGACCUCACUCAUUCAUACCUCCGGGCAAUGUCUCCAGUCCAUCUCAAAUAUUUGGCCAACAUGGGGGUCAGGUCAACGAUGAGCGUCUCGUUAGACUACAGAAAUGAGCUAUGGGGACUCAUCUGCUGUCACUCAUAUGGCCCAAAUGGAGUUCGAGUCCCUUUUCCUGUUCGCGAGCUCUGUUACUGGGUCGGCCUAUGCGCAUCGAAUUGUCUCGAUAAGGUAUUGAACGCCGAAAAGAUCAAAGCCCGAAACAUCUUGACUACAAUGCAGAUUGAUAUUACCCCUCGGGGAUGCAUAUCUGCGUCGUCUGAGGAUCUUUUGCACAUGUUCGGGGCCGAUUUUGGUUUCCUGGUCGUUCAGGGUGAGGCGCGUACAAUCGGCAAGCUAUCAUCCUACCUUGAAGCAGUGACACUGCUGAGAUACGUGUACUUCCGGAAAUUUGACAACACCUUUGCUACAAAGAAUAUUACCCGAGAUUUCUCAGAUCUCGUUUACGAGCCGGGCUUCGACCACAUCGCCGGACUCCUAUUCAUUCCGCUGUCCCAGGAAGCAGGCGACUUUGUCAUCUUCUUUAGAAAGAAUCAGACUAAAGUAUUUCAUUGGGCGGGGAAUCCGAACAUGUCAAAAACGGGGUCGCUGGAGCCAAGGAACAGCUUCAACAAGUGGACCGAGACGGUUCGGGGAACCUGUUCCCCCUGGACAGAAGAGCAAUUUGAAGCUGCAGUAAUUACAAGACUCGUAUAUGGCAACUUUAUUCGAGUCUGGAGGGAAAAGGAGGCAGCAUUGCAGGAAACUCGAAUGAAGCGCUUACUCCUACUAAAUCUCUCCCAUGAAGUGCGAACUCCACUGAAUGCCGUCGUGAAUUACCUAGAAAUGGCGCUCGAGAAACCGCUAAACAAGGCCACCAAGGAUAUUCUCACACAAUCUUAUUCCGCUUCCAGAUCCCUCAUAUAUGUCAUCGAUGACCUACUACAUCUUACCGGUGGCGGAAAGCAACCAUCCCCGCCUCUGGUUCAUGUGGCAUUCGAUCUAGCACAAGGCAUUCAGCUUACGUUAGACCAGUUUGAGCAGCAUGCCAUUCAGAAAGGAUUGACUUUUGAUAUCAUCAAAGACCUCAAUUUUCCUCAUUACGUCUAUGGCGACCUCCAAAGACUCCAACAAGCGGUGGCGAGCCUUGUCACCAACGCAGUAAAGAACACUAACAAGGGGGGCAUCGUCAUCCAUCUUGGCUUGCCCUCAGCGACAGAAGAAAGUUGUGUCAUUCAAAUCGCCGUCCAGGAUACUGGAAAGGGCAUCUCUGAGCGCGAAUUGGACGAUCUUUUCCAGGAAUUUGAGCAAGUACCCGACGAAGAGCCUGAUUCAGAUCAGAGCCCGGUAGAAGAAAAAAAAGAAGAACCAAAGAAGCCAAUCAAAGAGGCUCGACUAGGACUAGGUCUCGCCUUGUUAGCUAGGUACAUAAAGCAUUGUGGUGGCCAGAUUCGCGGUAAAUCGAAAGUUGGGAAAGGGUCGAUAUUCUCACUCGAUGUGCCCAUGCAACUUGCGAACGAAACCUCGAUCAAAUCAGCAUCUCGCUCAUCCGCAUCAACUACUCCAUCUGAUGAUAGACCGGAACAGAAUCGCAUUACUCCUCAGCGCCCGACCCUAACCUCAAUGACAUUCACGAGCUCUCCUGCAAACUUCCAUCUGCAUCUUGAUAGGAGUAGUCGUCAAAGCGAGAGAUCGCCCGUAAAUUCCAUUCAUUUCCAUCACCAACUGCCUGCUAAGGAGACGAAACCGCUAGAUAUCAUGGCCUCACAAGAGCAAGCAACUCCACUCAAAGAGAAUUUCAUGAUCUUAGUUGCAGACGAUAAUCCGGUCAAUAUCUCUCUUCUCCAACGUAGGUUAAAAAGGAUGGGGCAUGAAGUCAAAAUAGGCCGUGAUGGGCAGCAGUGCUUCAGGGAGUUUCAGAGAUAUCGUGGUGAGGUGGAUUUUGUCUUAAUGGACUUGAAUAUGCCUCUCGUUGAUGGCAUAAAAUCAACAAUGAUGAUUCGUGAAAUCGAGCGGACUGAGCCCGUCAACUGCCAAAUAUUGACCGUACCUCCUACCUCAAAACGCACACCCAUUUUUGCGGUGUCAGCUAGCUUGAAUCUGCAUUCUCAACAUUCACUAGAAGCUGCAGGAUUUGAUGGAUGGUUAUCCAAGCCAAUCGACUUCGAGCGGCUGACUGUCAUACUGAAGGGGACAAUGAGUACCGAUUUGAGGAUGCAGACUAAGUGUGAACCCGGUGACUUCAAGGCUGGAGGCUGGUUCGGAUGAAGAUGGGAGAUUGUUGAUGCUGAGGCUGUUCCUG